AUGUUGUUCUUCAGCUUCUUCAAGACGUUGACCCAGCAAACCGUGACCGUCGAGUUGAAGAACGACAUUUCCAUCCGCGGGACCUUGAAAUCCGUCGACCAGUACCUAAACAUCAAACUCGACGACAUCGUGGUCCUCGACGAACUCAAAUACCCUCACUUGAGCUCCGUGAAGAACAUCUUCAUCCGCGGCUCUGUGGUACGAUACGUCCAUCUGCCCCCGGACAAGGUCGACCGUGGGCUUCUUGAGGAUGCGUGUCGUCGGGAGGCGAUGGCACAGAAAGGGAAAGCUGCAUGA